AUGGCAUCAUAUUCAGUGCGGUCAGAGUCGGCCGGCAUUCUUCACGGCCGCCUGCUCGACGGUGGAAAAAUUGAUUUUCCAGAGUCUUUCAAGGAAGCUGCGCAACAUAUACGGUUUGUUGGAGGAGAUGAUUCAUCUUUUGUUCCCACUCCCUUGAAGAUGACGGAGUCAAGUUCAGCAGUGAAUGCUUUAGUGGCAGUGGCGGCCAGCGCGGUUGCAAAAGAUAGGUACGGGGUUGAUUACCAAGAUAUUGAGGUAAACACUGAUGUCGCGACUCUUUUCCUGAUGUCGCUCAUCCUCCCAACCGUCAAUGGACAAUCGGUACUUCAGCAUCCGCAAAUUGUGGCCGAAUGUCAGAAGGGUGAUCUCUAUCAGAUGAGAAAGCCAAUCCAUCGGCAAUGCACUAAUAUAUACAACACCAAAGACGACAGAUGGUUUCAUCUCCACGGCUCGAUGAAUGCUGCUCACACGAUGCAGAUGCUAGGGGUCAGUGAGCAGGAUGUCACCGAUGAAGAAGCUUUCAUGAUAUACGCAGAGAAAGUCGCGCAAUGGAAUGCUGAGGACAUAGACAAAGCUGCCAAUGAACAAUAUCGGCAGGCUGGGGUGGUCUGCAAUACCCCAGAAGAAUUCUUCGCCUCGGAACAUCCUCUUUAUAGGUUGAAAUCAUACAUUGCACCUCGGAAACCAUGGCCGCCAACGAAGAACACCUCACCGCCAUUAGAAGGGAUUCGAGUGAUUGACUUCUCGCGCGUAAUCGCAGCCCCUGUAGUUUCGAAAAUUUUGGCUGUCUUAGGAGCCGAAGUGAUCAUGGUGACUUCGAAUACACUGCCGGACAUCACUAGUACUUGGGUUGAUCUGAGCACUGGCAAGCGCGAUGUGAAUCUGGACCUGAAAAGCCAAGAAGGCCUUGCCACGUUUGAGUCACUCAUCAAAUCCUCUGAUGUUUUGAUCGAUGGAUAUCGGCCGGGUGUGUUGAAGAGAUUGGGAUUUGACCACGACGCCCUCCGGAAGAUCAAUACUUCUCUCAUAUAUUUCCGCGAGAACUGUUACGGGUUCAAAGGGCCUUUUGCCCAUCGUUCCGGCUGGCAACAAAUCAGCGACUGCCUAACUGGAAUUGCUUGGCUUCAAGGAAAGUUUCUGGGAUUGGAUGAGCCGGUUGUGCCUCUUCUUCCAAAUUCUGACUACCAAAUGGGUCUUGCUGGUGCAACCGCUGUCAUUCAUGCUCUAUUUUUAAGAACAAAGGGCGAUAUGUCCUUUGACAUUGACAUUUCGCUCACCCAAUAUAAUAUCUGGUAUUAUGGGUUGGGCGCGUAUACACCCAAGCAGCAAGAGGCUCUGCGGGCACGCAACAGUGAACUCCAUCUUCGUCACUAUGAUGAAAUGUCGAGUUUGAUCAUGAAAACACGCGCGGCCAUUCAGAAAUGUCGCCCAGAUAUAUUCGAACAUCCAGAGUAUUUCCAGAAAAUGAGCGGCUUGGAAUGGGGUACAAAGGAUGACAUAUUGAUCCUUAUUCCUCCCUUUAAACUUGCCAAAUCUGUGUUGGUCUACGAUGUCCCAUCUGGGUGCCGGGGUCGUUCCAGACCAGAAUGGGAUAGCAGAGGAGAGUGUCCUAUUUCUGUUUUGAAGUAA